UUCUGCUUCGAUUCAUGGAGAGACGAAUGCCACUUGCUGGUAUUCUGCUGACUCAGGCAUGUGAUCGCUUGCUUUAAUUUUCUGCAACAAAAAAGAAUGUGAUCAUCAUCAUGUGUCGGUCUAUCCACGUGGGUACAGAACCCAGGGGUGGUAAGUGGCUAGAUGGAUAAAUCUCCAUCAGAAUAGUGUAUAUAGCCGUCAGAAAUAGGAAUGAAAGAAUGUUCAGGCAGAACGUUUGGCCUUGCGGGGAGAGGCUCGACUUCCCCAGAUUCGACGGUCGGCUCACCUCCGAGAUGCAAUGGGAUUUAACCACCACAUCGCUCUCUAUUCGUGUUUUAUGAUAGUUCUGCAAGACAAGGACCUAUAGACCAGGUACAUAUCGGACAAAAUGCCCGAAAUAAUCGACGACAAGUCUCAGCACUGUAUUCCUUUUCUUCUGGAUCGGGUCAAAGCCCACCAGGCUCGCCAUGGAAACGAUCCCAGCAAUACCCCGCCCUUCUUCCUGGGCUUGAACGGAGUCCAGGGAGCAGGCAAGACUGUGCUGGUGUCAACUCUUCAAAAUACUCUUCGUUCCCCGCCAUACUCUCUCCCCGUCGUCACCCUCUCUCUCGAUGAUAUCUACCUCACGCACGACGACCAGGUUGCGCUAGCCAAGGCACAUCCUUCAAACCCCCUUCUCCAGCACCGAGGACAACCAUCAACCCACGAUCUUCCGCUGGGGGAGCAAGUUUUUGAAUCUCUCCGCACAGGCCGUCCUACCGCAAUCCCGCAGUAUGACAAGUCGGCGUUUGCAGGACAAGGAGACCGCGUGCCUCAAUCGCAGUGGGAAGUGGUCAAUGGCGAUGACCAGGAAAAGGUCCGAGUGGUCAUCUUCGAAGGAUGGUGUGUUGGGUUCCGUCCAUGGGAUGACCAGACCCUACGAGAGAAAUGGGAAGCUGCUGGAAAGCAAAAAGAGACAGGAGAUUACAAUGGGCGAUUGGGACAUGUGAAACUCGAGGAUGUCCAGGCUGUGAAUGAUGCACUCAAGAAAUAUGAUGCUAUAACUGACCAGCUGGAUGCUUUAAUCCAUAUCGAUGCCCAAGAUAAUCACUACGUCUACGAAUGGCGAAAGGAGCAAGAACGAACCCUCCUGGCCACCAAGGGCAAAGGUAUGACGGAAGAACAAGUCAACCACUUUGUCGACGGCUAUUACCCCUCCUACGAACUUUUCACCGAAAGCCUCCGAGACGGUGCCUUCAGACCAUCGUCAAGCAAUAUGGCAACAUCUUCCCAGUCAACCUGGGAGGGUAGACAGCUUCGUCUAGUGGUUGACAGGAAUAGACGCGUUCAACAGGUCUUCCAAAUCUAGGACUAUCGUGUAAUCUUAGUGUUGAUCAUAUAAGAUGUGUUGGGUGUUGCGAAUAUAUUUAGAUGCAGGGUACAGAGUAAAAUUCCAGACACCAAGCCCUGGAUUAUUCCCAUACGGAAUAUCUAUUGAGUCAUUGAUAGAAACAAUAUAAAUGAUACAAUCUACUAUGCAAUGCAAUACAGAUGGGAUAGGGCUGUGAUAAGAUGACCUUCCAUUGAGC